AUGUCACUCUCCAAACUGUCAUCCACUGUUAAAGUGUUUAUCAUUGGGAAAACUGGAAACGGAAAAAGUUUGCUAGGAAACUCUAUUCUGGGAAGAGAAGAGUUUCUGGUAGCAAGAAGCAUGAGAUCAACGACCGUUCGUCUUGGCAAGGCGGUUGGCUUUGUAAAUGGACAACAGAUUAUGAUACUGGACACCCCGGAUCCAGUUAACUUAAACCUCAGUGAUACAGAAAUCAAAAAUGAGGUCACUCGGUGGAAGUCAGCGGUUGAAGGUCCCUACGCCAUCUUGCUGGCGGUGAGGUGUGACGUGCGCUACACGGCGGAAGAAUACGACAUCUACAUGAAAAUCAAGAGAGCAUGGGGAGACAACGCAUUCACUAACCGCCUGGUGGUGGUCUUCACGUUUGGAGACAGACAGGACAGAGACAUUCACGAGGAGCUGAAGACAGUUUGCUGGGAACUGCGCAAUGUCCUGGCUGAUGCUGGGAACUGCUAUGUCCUCUUUAACAAUAUGGCCCGAGGAAGUGAGAUGGCGGCGCAAGUAGGACAGUUGUUGAAUGUCAUUCACCGUCUUGAUAUGAAAUCUGCAGUUUCUCCAAUUACUCAAGACAAGGUGCUCAUUUUGUUUGUCCUGGUUGUUAUUUUCAUGACAGUGGUUGUGUAUCUUACCCUAAGAUAG